AUGAAGUGCCUCCUCGUCUGUGCCUUAGUAGCACUUUGUGCUCUAUCUGUCUCUGCUAAACUUCAAAAUGUUACCGUAAAAGGAGUUGCCGUAUGUCAAAAGAAGAGACUGGCCAACCAACGCGUUCAACUAUUUGACAGAGACACUUUGGACCCUAAUGAUCUCUUAGCUGAAGUGCAUACCAAUAGGGAAGGAGAAUUCCAGCUGUACGGAGAAGAAGACGAGGUUGGCAGCAUUGAACCCUUCAUUCGCAUUCAUCACAAUUGCAAUGCUAAGCCGGGAUGCGUCCGUAUCAGCGACUACAAUGUGCCUCAUGACAAGAUUGGUGGAGUAUACGAUAUGACCUAUGUCACCCUGGAUAUCGUUGUUCAUAAUGAGAAGGAAAAGUGCUAA